CUCCAAUUUUGCGUUAUGCCAAGUCCCAUUAUAAAUGUCAGAGCACCAAGAAGAUCAGCUAUAUCUGCCAUUAAAUUAAGAGUGCUUUGUUUACUUUUAAAUUUCUGAGAAAUGGCUUUCUGGGGGAUUGAAGUCAAACCUAGCUCACCAUACACUUGCCAACUUGAUCCGGGAGUAAAGCUUCACAUAUCUCAGGCAACACUAGGCCUUGGUUCAUCUACAAGGAGAAGCAUACUUAAAGGUGCUGCAAAAGAUAAGUGUGCAGUGUUCUUGUGUUCACUAAUGUUAGGGAACAAGUCCUCAUGCAAGUUGAAUUUGGAGUUAAAUAGUAAUGAUGAAGUAACCUUCUCAGUUGUGGGCCCUCAAAGCAUUCAUCUCUCUGGUUUCCUCACCACCAUCACCACCAGUGAUAUUGAUUCAAGAAUCAAAAUUCAGUAAAAUAUAGAUGUUUGUACCCCCAAUCAUAUACAUUGUGGUGUACAGAAAAAAGAGUAGUGUAUGUAAUCGAAUGAAUUUAAAUAAUAGUAUCAGUUGAUAUAUUUACGAGUAACUGGAACAAAAGUUUAAAAUCCCGAUGUGUAAAUUGAAUCCUAAUGAUGGAUGUAAAUAAGAAACAAUUAUAGUAAAUUAUAUGGCUAUAUGCAUUGAAAGUGUUUUAAGCA